AUGUCUGAACCUCUUCCGCCUCCAGCCUUCCUCUUGGACCUCUUCCCAACCCCGCUCCACCCGUUCGUCACGCUCACCUUCGCGCAGUCGCUCGAUGCGAAGAUCGCGGGCGCGGGCGGACGGCAGCUCAUCCUCAGCGGCAAGGAGAGUAUGGUCAUGACGCAUUGGAUGCGCACCCUCCACGACGCCAUCCUGGUCGGCAUCGGCACGGCUGCCAACGAUGAUCCACAGCUGAACACGCGCCACCUUCCACCGCUCCCAACCGGGUACGCGCACAGCUACCGCCUGCCCCGACCGGUCAUCCUGGACACGAACCUCCGCCUGUCGCCCGACUGCAAGCUCCUGAAGAACUACCGGGCCGGCCGCGGCCGUCGCCCAUGGGUCGUCUGCGCGCCCCAAACCCCGGCCCGUGACGACAGCGCGAGCACGGAGGCCUUCGCGCGGCGGGCCGCGACGCUGCAAGCAGCGGGCGCGCGGGUCGUCGAGGUUGCCGCGGACGACACGACCGGUUUGAUAGGCGUCGAGGAUCUGCUGAUUGUGUUGCGCGAGCUUGGGGUGCGCUCGCUCAUGGUCGAGGGGGGUGCGCGGGUCAUACGCUCGUUCCUCGAGGCUGCGCCCUUGAAGCCGGUGCCGGCGCAGGAAAACCUGGGACGAGAGAGCUCCGGGCGCACCGGGGCCGAGAAGAAGAUCGUCGACGCUCUGGUCAUGACGGUCGCACCGACUAUUGUGGGAGAGGCAGGGGUGAGUUAUAGCUCUGGGCUGCUUGAGGAUAAGGUCCCGAUGUUUGAGCACGUCCGGACCGGAGUAUUCGGAUCAGACGCCGUGCUGGCCUUGGUCUCUCGUUGAGCCCGGAGAUUUGACACUCCGGACGCUUUAUGUCGACUGUCGAAUAGACUGGAUGCUCCGGCACAGUGGAGGACGCGGCUUCCGCAAUGAUUACGCGUGGAAGAACGCCUGCAGGGAUCGUGAUGUUCUUGUGCAUUCGAGUUGCACAGCGUUUGUGGCGCCGAGCGCAGGGUUGCUUGUUAAUGACCGGUAUCAAAGGUGUCGCAAUUACAUGUCGUGCCUUGUAUCAGUGACGGUCUUGGCUACUGAAUAUCGUGAUCUUGACAGCAGGAAUGAAACACGUGUAGGACGCGGAACGAGCCUGUAAGUACAAGCCCGCCGUCGAGAAACCAGUCUCGGUCGCGUUGGGUCACGGUGUGACAACCGCGUCUGACGUCGCGGUGGUCACGCCGUCCAAUCGGAACGCAGGCGCGACACGCGGUACCUUGAACUUGCGAUAAGCG